AUGUCGUGUGGUCCACCAUCCAUUAUGAGUAAGCAAGACGAAAAGGAGGAUGAUAGUUCCAUUGAUACAUACCAAGGUCAGCUUGCAUCGCUUGACUAUACAGUUAAUUACAUAUCAUCGGCAUUCACUAAUGUUCAAGAACUACAAACUGAGUUUAGUACGCAAUAUCAACAUGAGAAAUAUACAUUGACUGAAUUGAAUAAACGUCUUCAAGUCUUUGUUGAUUAUGUUCAACAGUUGGAAUCAGAGAAUGCAAAGUAUAUUCAACUUUUGGCCAAUUGUCGACCAGAUAAUUGUAUUAUCGAUACAGAGUCCGAACAAUGUUAUCUCGGUGUACAAUCUAAUCUCAUGCAAAUUAAUCAGGAAAAAGUUAAUUACGAUUUAGAAUUCGAACUCUCUCAACUACAAAUUGGAACAUACAAACAUGUGUUCCAUUGGAAAGAUGAACGUCGUCUCAAACUCGAACAAGAAUUGAUUCAAUCAUCAUCUACUCUUGCUGAUCUACGUACAGCUUAUGCAGACAUGGAACGGCAAGUUGACAGUGUUUGUGCAAUAUGGAAAAACACAUUUCAUCAACAUUUGACGAUAAUAUCCGACUGGUGUCAAUCCAAGAAAGAAACAUUUGCAUUGCUACUCUGUACACAAGCCUUGAAGAAUCAAACGGCUUUUUAUAAGGAAUUCGUUUCGCAUUCAAAACAUCUAUUCGAAUCAUUGACAGUUGAUGUCAAACAAUUUUCGAUGUUUGAGUUUGACAAAAUUGUCAAGAAAAUACGGAACGAUUUUGAACAAUUCUAUAAGGCAGUUGAUUAUAAAUUAGCUGAGUACUAUCAAAUGAAAAUGACACACCUGGAUGCAGAAGUUAAGAAAAUAUUGAAAUAUCAACAAACUGAUAUCGUAGCUCAAACACAAAUACUCAGUGUGGAACAUGAACAAGUGCAGAAAAGUUGUUCGAAGAAAAAAGAAUUGCUAUUGAAGAUGGAGAGUACGUACUCGACGUUAGAAUCGCAGUUACAAUCUGUUCAAACUCAAAAUCAGCAGAUACUUGAAGAACAAUCCAAAGAACUACAAAGUUUACAGGAAAGUAUCAUGGCUAUCGUAUGUCAUAUCGAAGAGACGCGACAACGAAAAAUCGAGCUAGAGAGUGAAAUUAUUGUCUACUGUAAUUUAUUGGAUGCCAUUCAAAUGCAGAACCAGCAAGUGGUUGUCUGCACACCUCCAUCAAUUGAAAGUACAAAGACGAGGAAACUUGUCGUCAAAAUUAAUAAUAAAGGACCGAUUGGCAUUCUAUGCCCUCCCGAUGGCACAUACAUUAGUUUGGUGAAUCGUUCCAAGACUGAAGUCAAUAUUUCAAGAUGGAUCUUGAAACGACGUCUCAAUUCAAAAAGGGAAUUUCGAUAUACACUACCCGAUGGAAUUUUACUUGGGUCAGGUCGUGAGUUAAGAAUUUAUUCUAAGCGAGGUGCUGCUGAUGAUGAAGUACCGCCAACUGGUCGUUGUGUUCUUACAUCACUACGUCAGGAAUAUAUCAAUAAUAAGCUCGAUUCAUGGGGUAUAUGUGACACCACCGAAACGGUUUUGUUUGAUGAAAAUGAUGUAGAGAAAGCAUUCUAUUCGCAAUCAAUUGCACCCAAAUAA